AGAGUAUUGAAAAACUAAGGAAAAUACAGAGGAGUAUUGAAAAACCAACGAAAAUACAGAGAAAGGCAAUUUCUUCCAUACAAGCAGAGAUAAGUAGCUACAGCCCUUCAGUCUGAAGAAAAGACAGCUGACUGGUAUGAGGAGCUGAAUACUUCAAAAAAUGGACAGAACAGAUGCUUGUUGUGAACGCUGCGCAGCUGCAGGGCGGACAUCUUUCUAAGUCAUUAUAAACAGCCACAUUUUUACAAGAAAUUCGUAGUCCAUCCUCAGCCUCUCUGGGUGACUGCAGAAGACAUAGAAUUGUGGCAUCACAUCAGAUUGGAAGUUGAGCAAGUUGAGGACUAUGUCUGAAUGUAUCCAGCUCUCAUUUGCUGUUUGUAGAAUUGGCAUUUACACGUGUUUUAGAGCACUUUGCUGCAAGGGACCGCCACCACCACGACCUGAGUAUGACUUGGUUUGCAUAGGCCUCUCUGGUUCUGGCAAGACUAGUCUUCUGUCUCAGCUCUGCAGUGAAAGCCCGGAGAAUAUCGUGUCUACCACAGGUUUUAGUAUAAAAGCCGUGCCAUUCCAGAAUGCAAUUUUGAAUGUGAAAGAACUUGGAGGAGCUGACAAUAUCAGGAAAUAUUGGAGUCGUUACUACCAAGGAUCCCAAGGGGUAAUAUUUGUACUAGACAGCGCCUCCUCUGAAGAUGAUCUAGAAACUGCUAGGAAUGAGCUGCAUUCUGCUCUUCAGCACCCACAGUUAUGUACUUUGCCGUUUUUAAUACUGGCCAAUCACCAAGACAAGCCAGCAGCUCGCUCAGUACAAGAGAUAAAAAAAUAUUUUGAACUUGAGCCACUUGCACGUGGAAAGCGCUGGAUUCUUAAACCCUGCUCCUUGGAUGAUAUGGAGGCAGUAAAAGACAGCUUCUCCCUUCUAAUAAACUUGCUAGAAGAGAGAGACUUCGAACCUUCAAGAAUGUGAAAGCCAAGAGAAAGAAGAGGUUCCCACGCAUCGCUGUACCUGCUCACUCUGUCACAGCUUAAUUACAGUGUAGUAUCAAGGCUGAGCUGUGAUAUGUGGUUCAUACAGAGUUAAUGCAGAAUGUCCUUUGGUUAAAAUAAAUGUUCUGUGAAUCAGGAACACAGCUAUUUCCAGUAAAGUUGUCUGCACUACUGAAGUAAAAAGUUACUCUUUGUUUACCACUAUUUCUGCACACUGCAUGUUGCUUCCUUGCACCACGAUCAUCCUUGGUAGAAAAAUUUACACGCACAAAGAUAACAUAGUCCAUAAAGGAGGAAUUCCACGUGUUACCUUGAAUUUUAAAAACAAGUAAUGUCUAAAGAAUUUAUGAGUCUAAUUUAGCUUGUUUAUUGACCUCACAUUAUGGAAAAGCACAGCCCUGAGAAUCUUAAUAGGAUACCUAAAAUACAAGCAGUUUCAUGUUAAUUCAAAGGUUAUUCCUGAGGUUUUACUAAGUGGAAACACAGUUGAGGUAGUGGACUCCACAAGGUAGUUGAGUCUCUUCUAAAGUCACUGCAAAACCCUGCCAGAGGCAGUAUGGUAUUUUGCUGGAAGUUUGCUGAAAAGUAAAUUAACAAACAGAUGUGAACAGAUAACAGUACUUGGGGAAAUCAGCUGACAUAAACAGGUGAUCUAAGUAAAAAGAUUUUUGGAAGUAUGUGAAAGAUUUUAGAAAUAUACAGAAGUUGAAUAAAGUAAUAAUUUUCAUUGAAAGUAGUUUUCCAUAAGAAAAGCAGAGCAAAUAUCUGUUAGUUCAUCUCUGGAGGCUUUAUUGCUAGUUAAAAAUAUAAGUGAUUUUAAAUACUUCCUUUAUCACUCAUUCGUAGACUACCACUGUUAUUGUAACAUUGCCAAGGCAUCUAUCCAGUCAUUAAGGGUCUUCCAGUGUUUGUACUAUAAGCUUCUCUUUUCAAGGGGAUUAUAUCUUGUUCUUUCAAACUUCCUCUGGCCUAAAUGUUACUUAGAAGAUGAAAAAGUAGUCAUUGGAAAUAACAUUUGUAAUACAUUUAGAAAAAGUUGAUUUGGGUCACGUAACACAGUCCACGUUUCCUCUUUCCAUGUUUUUCCCACUAAAACCAGUAUUUUGGCUACCUUUUGUUGAUUUCUAAAAAACUCAUAAACUGAUUUUGUCCAUUGAAGAAACGUGCCAGGCCACUGGUUCACAGUGACAACAGGGUAUGUGCAGAUCAGUCACUGGACUGAUGCACGCCUUGAAUGCUGUGCCUUGCACAUUCAACUACCCUUGUGCAUGGGUGUCUGCAAACACAAACUCAAGUGAGGUGUCAUUAGUUCCUCAUCAGCUCUGCUUCUGUCUUGAAACACACAAUGCCUUGUUUUUGGGGCUUUAAGCAACAUUUCUUUCCACUCUGAGCAUUUAUCUUCUGUUUGAAGUUUAUUGUAGUUUCUUGCUAGUUUAUUUGGGGAUAAGAAAAUAGUAAACAUCAGCUUUUGAAGGCUCAUAAAAGCCAUUUAUCUAUUAAUUGUAAUUUUGCUCUUAGUUAAACAAAAUGUUUCUCAUAGGUAUUUUAGUUUACUUUUCAAUUUCUAUUAAUUUCUUGCAUUGCUCCCACUGUUGUAGCUGCUUUCUAUCAUCAAAAGGAAGCUGGGAAAACUGGUAAACUCCUUGUUUAAUUUUGAGAUGGAAUAGGCAGGAAGCCUGAAGGGCAUGUCCUUGCUUUGUUUUAUGUUCUCUUUCCUGUCAGGUCAAUCGUCUCACUGCUAAUACUCCUGGAGACAACCAAGAACUGGAAUUGUUCAUUUUAAAGCACAGAGGAGCCCUGCUUUGAUUCAGUUCUCUCUGCACACUUUAGUCAGGACCCAGCUGCCUGUCAGUUUCUCUUGUGAGUGCUAGGGAGGUUCUCUUCCCUGGAUUUAAAGAGGAGCUGGAUCUAAUUUACAUUUCCAAACUCCCUCAUUGCUGACAUGAGCUUAAAGGCUACAGAGUCCCCAGAUUUCCACAAGGCCCCCAAAUUUCUAUUCUAUUUAAGGGCAGUGAAAAUAAGCAGGGAGGAGGAGUAGGAGCAUUAUUUCCAGAGAAAGCAGGCAGUUUGGGGAGAAAAAAUGAGAGAUUCCAAGCUUUGACUGCUUUUUCAUUGGCCAUUAGAAGAUGUGAAAUAAUAUCUUUCUACUAUUUGCCCCUGCUUUUGUUUAGUUAUGGACCAAAAGGUACAGGAAAUGAAAAUAAGCCCAACUCUAUUGCACUCUUGAAACUGUACUUAUUUCUACCAUCAGUGAGUUUGUCUGGUCCAAAACUUUGGCGGCUCCAACUUUUGGUCGUGAUCUCCUGGCUAUGCACUGUUUGAAGGUGCUACAUAACUUACAUGGAAAUGCCCAAGAAGUCCUUGAUAAUGUGGUUUUGGAGAAUGCCAGUGGCUGUUUAGACUAGGACCUUUCCAUAACUAAAUGAUUUUUCUUUAGGCAAAUGUCACCUGCACAGAAGCAGUGAUUUUAAUUUUCAGAAUUAUUUCAAGUAUGCUUUUUCUUACUAAUAUAGUGAUCAUUCCUCAUCACAGGUUGAAACAAUACCUCAUAACUGCUGAAGGCUAAGACCAACACUUUACUUUGAAUGUAGUACUUCUGUGGUUUUGUUUUGUAGAUGGACUUAAUGGAUGUGUACCUUUUAGAUGUCUAUAAACAACUUCACCUUUUUAUGAGGGGAUAACAAUGUUCAUAGCAGCUCCUGUCACACUUCCAUGUCUAUAGUGUUGUUGAAUGCUCGGCUAUGGUAGAAUGUGUAAGCACCAUGCAGUUUAUAGAUAACCAGUCUUAACUGCUUUGGGGUUUUUUUGUUUGUUUGUUUAAAUCUUUUCACAUGUGUUUGUCAUUUAGGUGGAAUAAACUUGGGCACUAGGCUCUACUUUCCAUGCAAGUUCAUUAAGGAGUGAACAUUGUCUUUUUAAAAAAAGAUAUUGUGCUUUAAUGUUCUUUAGCCAUCUGUUAAAUUACUUUGUGUGUGUGUGUGUGUGUGUGUGCCCACGCUGGGCUUCUUCUCAGACCUGUGGCUGUCUGCGGUGUCUCAGCCGUCAGAAUGAAAACAUUAUCAAUCAGUAUCCAACAACAGCUGGUUUUGACAACCUUCUGUCUGCUGCCUAAUGCUUUACAACUCAUCAGUAAGGCUUCUUUGUCUGCCCACUCUGAGCUGGUAAUUUUAACUGCUUCAUGUUGUGUCCUGUACUUGUACUUUUGGCAUUUGUAUGGCUUAAAAGUUAAGUCUUAGUGGGUUUUGAUAUUCUUUCUUGCUGUAUAAUGCUCCAUGUGUAUCUCAGCUUGCCUAUUCAAAUGCGCUAUACAAAAAUCUGUGAUGUAUUAUUUCGUUUAACUUCUUGCAUUUCAUUAUAUUUAUAGAAGUUGCAGAUUUUUGUACCGUAUUACUUAAUACAGUUGCCUUUUUGUAAUGGCAAUUAAUUUAUAUUACAAAAGUUUGUAUCUUUACUGUAGUCAAAAGUAUUAGUUAACUGCCAUAUUAUCUUGACUUUAUACUAAAAAUACAGUAUCAACAGAAGUUGACCCAAUCAAGUGGUCAGCUGCUGACAUGGGGAACUUGUACUGUUUGUGAUUUAUACAUGAUUUCCACUAUCAAAACAAAACAAAAAAAAAAAGAAAGAAAAAGAAAAUAAAAUAAACACUGUGUAGAACUGA